AGCGGUGAGACAGUCACUGUCAGAUGUGAGAUUCAGGGAGGUGAAGGAGCUCAGUGGACGUAUGAAUGGAGAGCAGCCAAGUUAAACACACCUCCAACAUCCAAUGAAUACAGAAUCAUUACAGUUACUGAGUCUGACAGUGGAGGAUACAGCUGCCGGGGCAGAAGGGACUAUUUGAUUAGAUCUGCUUCAUCAUCCAGCAGUGGAAACUAUCGCAGUAAAGGCAGAAUGAAAAGUUCACAGCAUAACACAACAGAGUGGAGUGAUUCUGUCACACUGACAGUUUCUGACAAUGAACCCCGUCCUGUCCUCACUGUGUCUCCAUCAUGGCUGAGUCCUGGAGCCUCAGUAACUCUGAACUGUGAGGUUGAACAUCCGUCUGCAGGAUGGAGCUUCUACUGGUAUAAAGCUGUUCCUGAUCUAUCAGAGAAAUCCUACAGUUAUGAGCUGCUACCUGAUGGCAGUGGGACUGCACAGGACUCCAACAUCAUUCAUGGACAGACACACACAGCAGGAUAUGUGUGCAGAGCUGGAAGAGGAGACCCAGAGUAUCACACUGAUCACAGUCAACCAAAGUUUGUCUGGUCUGCAGAUGUUCAUUCAGCAGCGUCUCUCACAGUGAGUCCUGACAGAGUGCAACACUUCACCUCUGACUCUGUCUCACUGACCUGUGAGGGAAACUUCACUGAGUGGAGAGUGAGGAAGUUCUCUGAGGACGGCCGACUGUACUCUGACUGUAGGAGAAUGACUGGAUCCACAUGUAACAUCAACACAUCAAAGUCAGAUACUGGAGUGUACUGGUGUGAGUCUGGAUCAGGAGAGUUCAGCAGUGCAGUCAACAUCACUGUACAGAAUGAUGGUAAUGGUCCUAUCCUGGUGAGUCCUGUUCAUCCUGUGACUGAGGGAGCUUCUGUUAGUCUGAGCUGCAGUUUGAGAACACAAAAAAUACUUUCCAAUGUGUUUUUCUAUCACAAUGACAAACUUAUUCAAAAUGAUACCCGAGAGGAGCUGAAGAUCUCUGCAGUGUCAAAGUCUGAUGAAGGUUUCUACAAGUGUCAGUACUCAGGAAGAGAGUCAGCACAGAGCUGGAUGUCAGUUAAAGUAACUGGACACAGUUCAUCUCCUGUGUGGUUGAUGGUUGGACUGGUUUGUGGAGUCUCUCUCAUUAUUAUUCUCCUGCUCUUGUUGUAUCGCUGCAGACAGUCCAAGUAUUCCUGCUUCACCAGGUCGAUCCAGUCUGAGAGUCACAGUCCGGGCUCCUCCACAAAUCAUGGAGUCAACCAGAAUGAAACUCAUGUGUACGACUCUCCUCAUCAUGGAUCAGAUGAACAUCAAGCUGUCACAUACACUCUUAUUGAACUUAAGACCUUUGAAAAGAAGAGGAAGCAUCAUAAACCAGAGCAGAGUGCUGUUUACUCUGAGGUGAAGACAGGAGCUGCAGAGGACAGUCUGAUGUAUGCUGAGGUCAAACGCCCCAAAAAAGAAAAAGCCAAGAAAAAAGCAGGUCAGUGA